AUGUCUAGUACCGCGACUAUUACUUCGUCACCCAUAUAUGUGGAGACUGGUCUUCGGAAAACGCACCCAGCAGUAAUGGAGGACCAACUGCCCCCGCUAGUCCCGCCUUCGUGGUCGCUCAAAGAAAUUAGAGACCAGAUUCCACCGCAUCUCUUUGAGAGGAGCACUGCGAAAGCGCUAGGUUAUGCCCUGCGCGACCUCGUGCUCGCCACCAUUCUCUUCGUGCUUGCGCUCAAGAUAGAUUGGCUAUGCGACCAUCCAAUGUUGCAGCCACACCUGGUCGCGAUAACGUCUACAGUAUUGCGGACUGCCUGCUGGAUCACAUACUGGUGGUUCCAAGGCCUCGUCUUCACAGGCAUAUGGGUCAUCGGUCAUGAGUGUGGACAUGGCGCAUUCUCCCCAAACCCCGUUGUCUGCAACAUAAUUGGCUUCACCCUUCACAGCCUGCUGUGGACGCCAUACUUCAGCUGGAAGUUUGGACACCACCGGCACCACAGUAAUCACGCGUCAAUGGAGAAAGACGAAGUGUAUGUGCCGCGCACACGACAAGACCUUGGUAUCCCGUCCGGCGCGAAGGAGAUAGACUGGGACGAGUACUUUGGCGACACGCCGAUUUAUACGUUGUACACGCUUGUGCGUCAGCAGCUGUUGGCGUUCGAGGCGUAUUUGCUAUGGAACGUUUCCGGCCAAAAGCACUACCCCAAGUGGACGAACCACUUCGACCCGAAAUCCAUCAUAUUUGAUCCCUCCCAGCGCGGCGCUGUCAUCGCGUCCAACGUCGGCCUUCUUGUCGCUGGGACACUGCUCGCGUAUGGCUGUGCGCGAUUCGGAUUUGCGCGGGUCGCCGCAUUCUACGGCGUGCCCUGGGUCCUCGUCACGCACUGGUUCGUGAUGAUAACAUACCUGCACCACACGGACCCUGCGCUGCCACAUUAUCGUGGCCGCGCAUGGAGCUUUCAGGGCGGCGCGGCCGCCACCGUUGACCGCGACUUCCUCGGCUGGCAGGGGCGCUUCUUCCUCCAUGACGUCGCGCACUAUCACGUCGUACACCACUUCUUCCCGCGCAUGCCGUGGUACAAUGGAGAAGCGGCAACGGCGUACCUCGCGCGCGCGAUGGGGCCGUAUUAUCGUCGUUCGUCGAAGCCGUGCUUCCGGGCGCUGUGGGACAACUAUAAUUUCUGCCAAUUCGUCGACGACGAGGGCGAUAUGGUCUUUUAUCGCGACAGGAGGGGUAAGACGAUGAUUGACUAUCGGCGUAUUCAGACGGGUGGCAUCGAGAAGCGGGACAUAUCGAGCUAG